AUGGCCCGAAAGCCUCGAGGCGGUCGAGGCGGUCGAGGCCGGGGACGAGGAGAUCGUCCCAGGCGCAGUGGCAUCGAAGCUUAUGGGCAAGACGAAGCUGAUGAGUUUCUGGAUCUAGAUGAGCACUCUGGAGAUGAAGCUGUGGAGGAAGAAGGAGAAGAGGAUGUGAUGCAGCUGGCACCAUUCGACGAUGGUUCACAAGAGCCUAGAGCCAAGGGAAAGAAGUCAAAGAAAGGGUCGGCGGAAGUGCCUGAGGAGGACCUUGCCCCUGCCAGCAAAGGCUGGGGCCGCUACGACUUUUACGGAGGAGAGGAUGCAGGGGAUGACUCUGAAGGCGCCAGUGAUGAGGAUUUGACCUUCAAGGAGGCAAAAAAGCUGGAGGAACUGCGAGCAGCGCGCUUGCAGAGCAUUAGCGACCCGCUUUCAGCACUUCUCGGGCAAAGCUCUGGGGAAGGUGUGGAAAAGACUUCGAAAGCUUUGGACAUGGAUGCUGAGUUUGAGACAGUUUUCGCGGAGCAGGCCGAGAAAAGAGCAGUCCACAGGGACCUUUCGCAACUUUCUGAUGCCAAAAGGAAAAGUCUGCUAAAGAAAGAGUCGCCGGAGUUGCUUCCGCUCUUGCAAGACUUUCAGGACAAGGUGAAUGCCUUGUUGCCACUUCUGGCCUUGCUGAAACCCAGCGCCAAGACUCGGCUGCCCCCUUCCGGCGCUUCCUACCUGGAAGCUCGUGUCAGCCUUCUGUUGAACCACCUCACCAACUUAUCCUUUUAUUUGAUGAUGAAGGCCGAGGGUGCAGACGUGCGUUCGCAUCCUGUCGUGUCGCAGCUAGUCUGGCUUCGGGAAUUGGAUGAACUCAUGAAAUCCGUCGAUGAGCGCGUGGGCGUGAAGUUGAAGAAGGCUUGCAAGGCGGCCAAGAAGCUCCCGGAUGUGCUGGAAGCCGAUGCGGCUCCCGCCAAGAAAGCGGAGCCGGCGGAGCCGGCGGAGCCGCAGCCGGCAGCAAGAGGAGUGACCUCCGAAGCGAAGCCGAACCUGUCGCUUGCAGAGCGCUUGGCGCGGCUACGGGGAAAGACUGUGGGACGCAAGCAACAGAGCGAGCCUGAGCCGAUCGCUCCUUUGGUCUCGUCCCUGCUGCGACUGCCCCCAUCGAGGCGUAGGGCAAACCAUGGCGAUGCUCCAGCAGAUCUGGAUGACAUCGAUCCGACUUUGGGCGCGUGGAUGCCCUCUGCCAGCUUGAGCCAGCAGCUAUCCGAGGUGCAGCAGCACCUUCGCGAGCGGAAGGCAAAGGCAGCUCCGCAGGCUUCAGAUGUGAAUCCUGAGCCCCGGGCGCGAGCGCAUCGCGAGCGAGUUCAGACAGACUUGGAUCCUCGAGAAGCGGAUUCAGGGGAUCCUGUCAAGGUGGAGCAUGCCAGACGUGGUGCCGACGAGGAUGGCUUGGGAGAGGUGGUCCAGGAGGCCAACGCAAAGUCCAGGGCCAGGAAGGAGCAGAAGGAAGCCGAACGCUCGGCCAAGCUGAAAGCCAAGCUUGCGCAGCAGUAUCAUCCGGAGAAGAAGGUGGAGGGGCGGCGUGCAACCAACAAGCAAAUUCUGGAGAACAGAGGCUUGGUGCGCCACCGCAAGAAGAAGGCGGGAAAUGCGCGUGUGGCCAACCGCGAGAAGUACGACAAGCUGGUCAAGCGCAGGAAGGGAGCUGUGCAGGAGAUGCGUGAGGGAGCUGCAGACGGCGCAACCUAUGAUGGCGAAGCCACUGGCUUGCGUACAAACCUCCGCAAGUCCAUGAAGCUGGGGUAG